CGUCCCGCGCAUGCGCAGGAGCAGACCCGGAAGCGCACCAGAAGGCAUUGAGCCCAACUGAGCCGCAGCGCGAGAGAGAAACGAAGAAGUGACCGGAUCAAAGGAAGCAAAAGAACCAAAAGAACUUGGAGAACAUAGAGAACAUAAAGACGCGAGAGAACAGCCGCCAGUUCAACUGAGGAACCAACACGGACGGAAGAGAUGAACCCGCUGGAACCUGUAAAGGAUGAAGAGAACCAGGACGAGUCGGUGUGUUGCCGAGACGACAGCAACGGGACCAACAACAACAACAACCACAGACGUAAGGCGGUGUCUCCGGCGGCAGGAGAACAUCCUCUGCAGUAUAACUACACGUUCUGGUACAGCAGGAGAACGCCCAGCCGCCCGGCGAGCACACAGAGCUACGAGCAGAACAUCAGACAGAUCGGCACCGUGGCAUCGGUGGAACAGUUCUGGAAGUUCUACAGUCACCUGGUGCGACCAGGUGACCUGACGGGUCACAGCGACUUCCACCUGUUCAAGGAAGGAAUCAAACCCAUGUGGGAGGACGAGGCGAACCGCAGCGGGGGGAAGUGGAUCAUCCGCCUGCGUAAGGGUCUGGCCAGUCGGUUCUGGGAGAACAUCGUCCUGGCGAUGCUGGGAGAACAGUUCAUGGUGGGAGAGGAGAUCUGCGGGGUGGUCGUGUCCAUACGCUUCCAGGAGGACAUCCUGUCGAUCUGGAACAGGACGUCCAGCGAUCAGACGACGACGUCUCGGAUCAGAGACACUCUGAGACGAGUCCUGAACCUGCCGCCCAACACCAUCAUGGAGUACAAGACACACAAUGACAGCCUCAGGGAUAACUCCAGCUUCAGGAACACGAAGAUCGCUUUAUGAGUCACCUGACCCGACCCGACCAAUCAGGACACAGAUCUGUUCUGUCAGUGGCCACUGGGUGGGGCCAGAGGUUGCUGUGGUUCUGUGUGUGUGUGUGUGUGUGUGUGUGUGUGCGCGCGUGUGGGUGUGUCUGUGUGUGUGUGUGCGUGUGUGUGUCUGUGUGUGUGCGCGCACCCAAAUAAAUGGGCUGAAUGA